AGCUCUACCUGAUUCCUACACUCGUCUUCACCCUAAGACAGAGAAUGAAGCGCACGAAAAUGUCAGCAAAGAAGAACACACAAGAAGAGGGUUCGUCUCAGCUGGAGAAGCAAAGGCCAAAGAAGUGGGAUAAGUCUGAUACCACCCACUACAACAACAUGAAGAAGGUAGCCGUUCCGGCUACACAACUAGCAUGUCCUGAGACGAUGACAAUAUUGGGAAUCCAGGCAGACAUUGAAGGACUGUUCCAGAACAUGGGUCUAGGCCAACUAUGCAACCUCAACGAACCCACUUAUCCGGAGUUGGUACGCCAGUUCAUAGCAUCCGCAUACGUCACCCGUCCCGAUGAUAGCCAUCAGGAAGGUUUUCUGGCAUUCGUAGUACAGAAAGUAUACUAUGAGGUAUCUUUCACAGACCUAUGUGGACUAUUUGGAUUGAGUGCAGGGGAGAGGACAUCUGGUCUUUAUUGGACUUCAGAGCUGUUGAACUUCUGGGAAACGAUUGGCACAGGGGUUUAUAGAUGUUCUCAAGCAAAGGAGUCACUUAUCCGGAGCCCA